AUGGUGCGGCUGCUCUUCGAAUUUGCCGAGUCUGUCAUCAUGUCGUCCAGCCGGAUUUCAUCAGUCGUGCCUUUAUGCCUGCUGUUGGCCUUGUUCACCGGCUUCUGCCACUCGUCACGGCCAGAGGCUCACACACAGCAUGGUCCACGCGGCGUGUGCCCCUGGAUUCAGCCAGGCCAGAGUCUAUUUCAGCCCUGCUGCAGCGUCCAAUCUAAUGAGGAUGGAUUGGUCUUGGGGGGCAUGGAAGGCCUGGAAUGGGAGAGCUUGGCAAAGUACAGAACCGGUCCAGGGUCUGCGAGACCAGCAAACGCAAGCAAAACCAACUCUUGGGAUACACUUUGGAGAGGUCCGCAUGCAUGCGCCGGCGAGUUCUGCGUCUACUCGAACCCGGGUUUCGCCAACGGCCAUGGUAUGGUCUUUAUCGGAAAGGCCCGCAACGCCGAGAUCUUGGCCCGCGUUCUGAAAGCAAAUAGUGACCCCGCCAGCGACAACACGCCGGCGGACCGGACACUUUUUGUGCGGAAAGAGAUACCCGGCAAGGGAGUCGGGCUCGUCGCGCGCCGCCCGAUCAGCCGCGGCCAGCUCAUCAUGGCGCAGUGGCCCGCCCUCGUCACGGACAUCAAGACGUUUGACAUUUCCGACGACGACCAGACGCGCUUGUUUGACGCCGGCAUCGAGCAGUUGCCCAGCGAGACCGUGAUGGAGUUCCUCUCGCAGGCUUCGCAGACGGACUCGACGAAGCGAGGGGCCAAGAUCAGGGAUAUAGCAAACACAAACUCGUUCAAUCUGAAUAUAGCAGGUGUCCCGCAUGCGGGAACGUUCCUUGGCGUCUCUAGGCUUAACCAUGACUGCCGACCCAACCUGGCCUUCCACGUUACAAAGUCGUUCGUCCACAUCACCCACGCAACCCGGGACAUCGCAGCGGGCGAGGAGCUCACCAUCUCGUACAUCGACUCGUACAGCGCCCGCCAGGUCCGCCAGGAACGCCUCAAGCGCAACUGGGGGUUCACCUGCACCUGUCCCCACUGCAGCCUCUCCGAGGCCAUGGGCAAGCUGUCGGACAGCAGACUGUACGCCAUAUACCAGCUGGACAACAGUCUGCGCAAUCUGACAUGGCGCGAGGACGGUCCUGCGCUACCCAACUCGGUCGAGUUGAUGCUGAGCCUGAUCCGCCAGGAGAGACUGGACUUUUCGCUAGCCGAGGCCUACCGGCUCGCCGCCGAGACGUACGGCUCCCUUGGCUCGAGGGAGCUGGCGCUCAAGUAUGCUCACUUGGCGCUGGAGGCGGGGGUUGUGGAGCAAGGCGCUGCGUCACCCCUUGUGGUGGACAUGGAGGACUUUGUAAAGGACCCUUCGUCGCAUUGGAGCUGGCUGAAAAGGAUGGAUGGCUCAGGUGAUGAAGCGCACUGA